AUGACGGGUUCCGUAGGAGCGGCUUCAGCGGCCAUGUCUGGCCGCGGUAACAGGGCUACUGAAGAGGAAAGUACAUAUCCGGUUGUUUUGCCAGGACUUCCUACAGGGCGUUUCGUUGUGAAUACUGUUUUUUUGCACGCUGAUAUCAGGGCCCGCCCGUAUCGGGUCGAGGAUUUCCGGGACACGUUAUCUCAGCAUGAGCUGCUCGCCGAUGUUGUCGCCCUGGGGGCGUAUCGGAUGAGCCACGUCUGGGCCGUUACUCUCAAGGAUUCUGAAGCAGUAACGAAGAUUGUCAGCGUUGGUGAGCUGCUGGUGAAAGGUAACCGCUGCCUGGUGAUUGAUCCGGCGAACCAGGACGUGCGACUCAAGCUUCACUGGCUGCUGCACAACGUGCCGGACGAAGACGUACGCGCCGCCUUUGCGCCAUACGGAAAAGUUACCGAAGUUUCCCGGGAGCGUUGGCGUGUGCGGGGUGUGUCAGAGAAGGGCUCUACAACGAGGCUCGUCACACUGAAAUUGAAAGCUGGCGUGAAACUCGACGACUUGCCGCACCAGCUCAACGUUAGCGGUGAGUUGGCGCUCGUCGUCGUACCAGGCAGGCCUCCGUUAUGCCUUCGCUGUCGGAAUACGGCCCACAUCCGUAAAGAUUGUCGGGUCCCACGUUGCGGAGCCUGCCGACGGUUCGGCCACGAAGACGGCCAAUGUGCCCGCACUUAUGCGAGCAUCGCUGGCCCCGGGACUAGUGAAGACUCGUCUGAGCUGCUAAUGGACGAGGCGGAUGCGGAGGAAGCGGCCCGUGAAACUGGGCAACCAGCGACUCGGGAUGGGCCUACGUUGACGCCGCUGACAAAGCAUAGUGCGACGACGUCCAAUGCAGUAGCGGCGGCCGUAGAAGUGCAACGUGAGGUUCAGCCGGAAUCCGAAGGCAAGCUAGAGGAUACGACGACAGUUUCAGCGAAACUCCCGACAACGUGGAGCCUAGGAACCCUGAGACCAUGGAUUUCAGCCAGGAGGCUGCCGCCCUGA